CAAUAUAAUUGAUGAGGAUGGUUUUUUAAAUAUUAACAUGAUUAAAGAAGCUGAGUUUGAAGAAGUAUUUUCUAGAGAUAAAGUGCCUCAAGAUAGCAAUAAUAGCAAAACCCAAGUAGUCGAAUCUAACUAG